CGGGGUGUGGCUCACACACACACACGCACAAAGCUGAGGGGUUUUCUGGCUGGAGCUUCACUCUCCGUCCUCCUUCUCCUCCUCUCCUCCAUCUCCACCGGGUCUCUCUGUGUCCGCUGCCCGAGCCUCGUCUCUCAGCUCCGCGAUCUCCUUCCUCAUCUUCUCCAAUAAACCGUCCAGACUUUUCAAAAUGGCCAGCAGAGGAACCGUGAAAGCCAGCGGCAGCUUCAACGCCAGCGCUGAUGCCGAGGUUCUGCACAAAGCCAUGAAAGGGCUGGGGACUGAUGAGGAUGCCAUCGUGCAGCUGCUGGUGGCUCGCAGCAAUGCCCAGAGGCAGCAGAUCCAGAGCAGCUACAAAACUCUGUUUGGAAAGGAUCUGGUCAGUGACCUGAAGGGUGAGCUGGGGGGCAAAUUUGAGUCCCUGAUCGUGGCUCUGAUGACCGCACCCCUCGCCUAUGAUGUGACUUCGAUUCGCAAUGCCAUCAAGGGGGCAGGAACGGAUGAGAAGGUGCUGGUGGAGAUCCUCGCCUCCAGGACGGCUCAGCAGGUGAAGGACAUCUCGGCUGCUUACAGAGCGGAGUAUGAUGACGACCUGGAGGAGGACGUAUCUGGUGACACUUCAGGUCACUUCAAGAGACUUCUGGUCAUUCUGCUGCAGUCCAACAGGCAGAAGGGGAUCCAGCAGGGAGAGAUUGAGAAAGAUGCUCAGGCCCUCUUCAAGGCCGGAGAGCAGAAGUUUGGAACCGAUGAGCAGUCGUUCGUCACCAUCCUGGGAAACCGCAGCGCCGAACAUCUAAGAAAAGUGUUUGAAUCCUACAUGAAGCUGUCUGGAUACGAGAUGGAGGAGACCAUCCAGAGGGAAACGUCUGGAGGCCUGAGGGACCUGCUCCUCGCCGUGGUGAAGUGUGCCCGGAGCGUUCCAGUCUAUUUUGCUGAGACUCUGUACUACGCCAUGAAGGGUGCUGGUACUGAUGACGACACGCUGAUCAGGGUGAUGGUGUCUCGCAGUGAGGUGGACUUGUUGGACAUCAGGUCUGAGUUCAGGAGGUUGUUCGCCUGCUCUCUGCACUCAAUGAUCAAGGGAGACACCGGCGGUGACUACCGUAAGGCCCUUCUGUUGCUCUGCGGUGGAGAUGACGCAUAACCAGGACAACAGGCAAUAAUAGGAACCUCGCCUGAAGGGCCUCCUCUCUCCAGCUUUACUACACAGCUUUGUUCUGUGUGAGACUCGGCUCAACAGGUCCUUAAAAUAUGAUUCCAAUUGAAUGGUCGUUAACAUUUUGUUAAUUUCACAUUAAUGCAGCUUCUUGUCGAUUAAUAUUUCACUAUCAUGUUUUAUUCUUUAGAAUUUCCUUAAAGUAAAUACAUUUCUUUUGUUACACGUUGUAAGGCUCAACCAAUAUGCAACAAUAAACUUUUCAUGUCAUUUA